UGCCAAGAUGGCGGCUGUCGGAUUGUUUGGCAGGAUCUUUCGGAAUAGUUUAUAUUCGUGUAGAAAUUUGAUGGUUUCCAGAUAUUCCAGUACAAAAGUAGAUUCGGACGAACUCAGUGAGACUAAUUCGCAAGAUUUGGUGGUGGUUGAAAAAUUUGGAAAAUUAUACUCCAUUGGGCUGAACAGACCCGAAAAACGCAAUUGCUUGAAUCGCGAGACCGUCAAACAUCUCUUGGAUGCAUUAAAGACAUUUGAUGAAGACAAUUCAGCUUAUGCAGCUGUCAUAUAUGGAAAAGGUGGUAAUUUUUCUGCUGGAUAUGACUUAACAGAAUUUGUGUCAAGUGGCAUCAAUGACAGUGAAUUAAAAUUUAGCUCAAUGGGUUUACCGAGGACCCUGUCUAAAAAGCCAGUAGUGGCUGCCAUAAGCGGUUAUGCUGUGGCUGGUGGUUUAGAAUUAGCUCUGAUGUGUGAUCUGAGAGUGAUGGAAGAGACAGCAAUUGUUGGAGUUUACUGUCGACGAUUUGGAAUACCUCUCACGGAUGGUGGUACUGUUCGGCUUCCAAAAUUAAUUGGUCUUUCGCGAGCCAUGGAUAUGAUUCUAACAGGCCGCUCUGUCAAUGCCAAAGAAGCAUUUCAGUGGGGCUUAGCAAAUUAUAUUGUUUCUUGCGGAACUGCUCUUGGGAAUGCUAUUAAAGUAGCUAACUCUCUCGUAAAGUUUCCUCAAAAGUGCCUGAGAACUGACAUGGCGUCAGCAUAUUAUGCAGCAUUUGAUGCCAAAUCGAUGGAAGAUGCCUUUCGAUACGAAUUUGAAAAUGGAAAAGAUGUUAUAGGAGAAGAAAGCAUUGCAGGUGCACAGAAGUUUAUAGAAGGAGUUGGUCGACAUGGCAAGUUUCACCUUGAUGAAAAUAUAUAAUCCAUAACAGAAAAUCAUUGCAGAAGAAGGUAGGAGAAGAGAACUGUUAUGUAUUUACAAAGACGGGCUGAACGAUCUUCGUGAAUCCUAUUUGCCGAGUGCCAUAAAAUUUGUACUUAUGUAAAUUUAAUAAUCAGUGUAUAUUGAAAUUAUAAAAUAAAAUUUGU